CGCAGGGGCGUGCGCUCAGUGGCUCGUAGGGGAAGAUGGCGGCUGCUCCUUUGGAGGAGAGGGAUUGAUAGGGGCGGAGGGAGGAGGCCAUCCAGCGGAGACAAAUCGGAGAGUGAAGACAAACGCUUCACUCGCCGUUAGGAGCUCCGCUCAACGCCAGACGUGUCUUAGAAGGAAAGCAUCACCAUGGCCACAGAAAUUGGUUCUCCUCCUCGUUUUUUCCAUAUGCCAAGGUUCCAGCACCAAGCACCUCGACAACUGUUUUAUAAGCGACCUGAUUUUGCACAGCAGCAAGCAAUGCAACAACUUACCUUUGAUGGAAAACGAAUGAGAAAAGCUGUAAACCGAAAAACCAUAGACUACAACCCUUCUGUAAUUAAGUAUUUGGAGAAUAGAAUAUGGCAAAGAGACCAGAGAGAUAUGCGGGCAAUUCAGCCUGAUGCAGGCUAUUAUAAUGAUCUGGUCCCCCCUAUAGGAAUGUUGAAUAAUCCUAUGAAUGCUGUAACCACAAAAUUUGUUCGGACAUCAACAAAUAAAGUAAAGUGUCCAGUAUUUGUUGUAAGGUGGACUCCAGAAGGAAGACGAUUGGUCACUGGAGCUUCCAGUGGAGAGUUCACCUUGUGGAACGGACUCACUUUCAACUUUGAAACAAUAUUACAGGCUCAUGAUAGCCCAGUGAGGGCCAUGACUUGGUCACAUAAUGACAUGUGGAUGCUGACAGCAGACCACGGAGGAUAUGUGAAAUAUUGGCAGUCGAACAUGAACAACGUCAAGAUGUUCCAGGCACAUAAGGAGGCGAUUAGAGAGGCCAGUUUCUCACCCACGGAUAAUAAAUUUGCUACAUGCUCUGAUGACGGCACUGUUAGAAUCUGGGACUUUCUUCGUUGCCAUGAGGAAAGAAUUCUCCGAGAGUUAUAGACAGUGAGAGAUGAAGACAGAGAGAAAGGUCUUCCUUCCGUUGGUUCACUCCCCAAAUAGCCGCUACGGCUGGCGCUGCGCCCAUCCGAAGCCAGGAGUCAGAUGCUGCUUCCUGGUUUCCCUUGCGGGUGCAGGAGCCCAAACACUUGGGCCAUCUUCCACUGCCCUCCUGGGCCACAGCAGAGAGCUGGACUGGAAGAGGAGCAAAUGGGACUAGAACCCGGUGCCCAUAUGGGAUGCUGGCGCUGCAGGCAGAGGAUUAACCAACUGAGCCAUUGUGUUGGCCCCUAAGCUUUGUUCUGUCUCUGGUCUGUCACAUGGGUGGCAGGGGCUCAAGCACUUGGACCAUCUUCCCUUACCUUCCCAUUUGGCAUUGGCAAUAAACUGGAUUAGAAGUGAAGCAGAUGGGUGUUGAAUUGGCACUUGAAUAUGGGAUGCUGGUGUUGGAAGAGACAGCUUAACUUGCUGUUCUCCUCACCCCACUCCUCUGCAAAAAAAAAUAAAAAUAAAAAAAAAAUCACUCAUCUGCAAGCCCACGAUGGCUGAGGCUUUCCAGGCCAAAGCUAGGAAAUGGGAGCUCAAUUCAGGUCUCCCCUGUGGGUGGCAGGACCCCAGCUACUUGAGUUAGCACCUGUUGCCUCCCAGGGUGCACAUCAUUAGGAAGUUAGAUGGGAAUGGGGUCUAGACUGGAACCCAGGCACUCUGAUAUGGGACACAGGUGAUCCAAAGGGCAUCUUCACUGCUAUGCUAGAUAUUCAUUCCAGUCUUGGAUUUUUUAAAUGGUUGAUGUGUGAAUGCUUGAGGCGUUUUCCCUAUUUACAGAAAUACUCAGAGUGGUGAUGCUUCACUUUUGAGAGCUGUUGAUGAGAAUGGAAGAGAUCUGAAUAUCAUGAGAACAGUAAAGGGGAGUUUAGUAUUUAGCCUGGUCAAAAGGUUACAGUCAUUUACAAAAAUAUAAUGAAUUUUCUAUGUAAGUAAGGUGGGGUUAUUUUGUACAGAUCCCUAGACUAUAAGGUGUGGGAAAGUAUAGGAUGCUGUGUUUGGAUUAGAUUAUAGAAAUGUUAUCCUGUUGAAAGGUAAGAGAAUGGACUGUUGUGUGAGCAUUUGGGCUUCUGAUGGCUGAAAUAGUGCCACAGUUACCUUCCAACCUACCAGGGAGAUUAUGAAUGAUAUUCUCUUUGCAGAUGGAUGGUUGGAUUUAAUAAUAUUUAACCUAGUUUGUGUUUUAGUUAUAGUUUUGUGUUUUAGAGAGAUGCAAAAGUCUAAGUCAAGCAGUGGGCAAAGUAUUAAGUGGACAAGUUAUAUUUCAUAAGGAGAUGUUGCCUUCUGUUGAGAUAUUAGAAAAUGUUAUUAAUUCUAUUUGAGGUCAUGAAAUAGAGCCUCAAAAUCUACCUUAUGUUUAAAAAUACAUAUGUGUUUAAAUUAUUUAUACGUAUAAAUAUAUAGAGAAGCACACAAAUCUUAAAUGCUGCAGUGCUGUUUUUGCUGUGCUAUGCUGCAUUGUGUUUUUGCUUGCUUAUUAGCUCAGCUAGCUACCUCUAGUUAAAGAGUAUUUUGAGCACUCCAAAGAUUUCUUCAUGCCCGUUUUCCACUUUAGCUUUGGUUAGUUUGUUUAGGCUUUGAAUAUUUUUUAAACAGUAUUUUGUAAAUUCUAUUGUUAUCAGUAACCACCUAAAGAGCUUAUUACACUGAAGAUAUUUUUAUUAAAUGAAUUUUCCUUUAUCUCUGCUCUUCUUCAAAUUUAUUUUGUGGGUUUCUGAUUUCUGUUAUCUCAUCCUCUAUGGUAUAGAGUCACUAAUUUUCUUUCAUUAAUUUUCCUCCUGUUCUUUUGAAAAUACUAUGAUAUUUUUAAUCUUUCUGAUUUGAUCCAUCUGCUAGUUUCCUGCUACUAAAGUGAACACCAUGGAAGUUAAUAUAGGAACAGCAUUGCACCUGAUUACAAACACAGUCUGUAGAACCUGGAUGUUAUUUAAUAGUUUUAAUCUUCAGCAGCUUUGUGACAUGUACAAGUCACUGUAGUGUAUCUCUGUCCUAAUCUGUUCAGUAGAGAUUCAUGAUAACACUGACCUUAUUGAGUUACUCUGAGAAUUAAAUGAGUUAAUUCACAAGAAGACUUUUACUAGUGCCUGUACAUAAGGUGGUCAGUUAUGCGUUUUCCAAUGCUAGUUUCAGAGCCUGUUUUCAUAUCUCUGGCCUGUUUAAGGACAAACAUGAUUAUUUCAGAAUUGUGCAAUUGUACAGUAUCACUGAUAGGGUAGGGGUAUAUAGGUUUUAGGAGCCCCAAGAAUUCCAAAAUCUGUGGAUACUCAAAUACCUGAAAUAAAAUGGUGUAGUCGUUACAUGUAACCUGUGCUUAUCCUCCUGUAUAUUAUAAAUGAUCUUUAAAUUAAUAAUACCUAAUACAGUAUCAAUACUAUGGAAAUAAUUGUACUGUAUUCUCUAGGGAAUGAUGACAAACAUUUGUGUGUGCUUAGUACAUUUUUUUAAUCUUAUUAAUUUGAGAGACAGAGUUAGAGAGAAUGGUCUUCCACCCACUACUUCACUCCGCAGAUGUCCAUAAUGGCCGGAGUUGGGCCAGUCCAAAGCCAGGAGCCAGGGGCUUCUUCCAGGUCUCACAUGGGUACAGGGGUCCAAACACUUGAGCCAUCUUCCACUGCUUUCCCAGGCCAACAGCAGGGAGCUGGAUUGGAAGAGGAGCAGCCAGAACUGAGACUGUUGCCCAUGUGGAAUGCCAACAAUGCAGGCGGAGACUUAACCUAUUAUGUCACAGCGCUGGCCCCAGAAGAAAGGCCAGCCACUAUUUAAAAUAAAAAAUAUUUUUGACCCAUGGUUGGUUGAAUCCACAGAGCUAGAACCCACAUAUAUAGAGAGCUGACUGAAUUUUAUUUUUAUCAUUUAAAAUGUUUUUCAGCUGUGGUGGUUAGUUUUUACAGUAGAACAUAUAGGUUUUUUUGUUUUGUUUUUAUACGUAGUUCAUAAAUAUUACCACUUGUUUAAACAAAGUUUUGUUUUUCUAGUGUUUUCAGUUGUAGAAAACUUCAACAGGUAUGAACUUAGAAUUUGCCUCAUAGAAGCAUUUAAGAUUCUGCAUUAAUGUUAGAUGAGCUUAAUAAUUAUCAAAGUAAAUAAUGAUUGCUCAUUGUGGCCAAGGGUCUCUGCUUGGUUUGUUAAUAAAAAAUUUAGAGGACAGGCCUCUUCCCUUCAGUACCAUGUCCGCCUUUUAGUUCUCUCAUUUCUUUUUUUUUUUUUUAAAUAGUUAUUUAUUUGAGAGGUAGAGUUAAUGAACAGUGAGAAGGAGAGAUAGAGAGAAAGAUAUUCUAUCCGCUGGUUCACUCCCCAAAAGGCUGCAAUAGCCGGAGCUGGACCUAUCCGAAGCCAGGAGCCAGAAACUUCUUCCAGGUCUUCAACGUGGGUGUAGGGGUCCAAGUGCUUGGGCCAUCUGAUACUGCCUUCCCAGGCCAUAGCAGAGAGCUGGAUUGGAAGAGGAGCAGCCGGGACUAGAACCAGCGCCCAUAUGGGAUGCCAGUUACACAGGCAGAGGAUUAACCUACUGUGCCACAGCGCUGGCCCCUUCUCAUUUCUUAAAAUAAUGUUUGCGGCUUGACAGAGUACUGUAGUGAACCGAAAUGCUGUUCACUCUGAACACUGACCAUGGAGUCUACAUAGUUCAUCUCAGCCAUAAUGUCUGUGCUGUUUUGUUAAGACAGUAUUGGUUUUCUCCAGGCUGAAGAUUAGAGUGUUUCCCUGUUGACCAAUCUUAGUCAUAGAAAUUAUGAUCUGGCUUAAUUUAGUAAUAAGAAUUGGAUAAUGAAGUUAUAACUCUGAUAAAAUAUCAUUUCUUUUUGCUAUCUUGGAUGAGUAAUGCAAUUAGCAAAACGUAGGAAUCUUGGGAAAAUAUUUGUAUGUAUUUUUUGUUGGAGUAGACAAGAUUUACAGAAAUCUAAUGGCAUCAGUGAAGGUCUCUUGGGUACAUUGUAGCCUAGUCUGCCCCCAGAGUCUUGGGUGUGGUUUGUUUUAGUGUAGGAGCCAAGUCCUUAUCUAGAAUGUAGCAAAUAUAGGCCUAAUUAAAUGAUUGAGUGGACUAUAAAGGAAACAUUUAGAAUUAAAAAUUUUAUUAUGUUUUUAAAAGAUCUAUUUUAUUUAUUUGAAAGGCAGAGUUACAGAGAGUUCUUCCAUCCGCUGGUUCACUCCCCAAAUGUUUGCAAUGGUAAGGGCUGGGCUGAGUGGAAGCCAGAGCUUUCUCUGGGUCUCUUAACUUGCUAGGAGGAAACACAGCUGGGACCUGAACCCUGGUAUUCCCACAUGAGUUAUGUAGACUUUUCCAUUUAUGUAUUUUUUCAAGUAUCAUCCUUGCUUGAGAACAUUUUUAGUUUUACAGCUUUUUUGAAAGACUUAUAUUUAUUUUGAAAGAGUUACCAGAGAGAGACAGGGAGACAGAUCUCCGACCUGCUGGUUCACUUUCCCGAUGUCCAUAGCAGCCUGUGCUGGGCCAAGCUGAAACCAGGAGCCAGGAGUUUUAUCCAGGUCUCCUACAUGGGUGGCAGGGGCACAAACAUUUGGACCAUUUUCUGUUGUUUUCCCAGGCCAUUAGUAGGGAACUGGAUUGGAAGUGGAGCAGCUAGAACAGGAACUGGCACCCAAAUGGGAUGUGGGUGUCACAAGUGGCAGCUUACCUGAUGUGACAUAUGCCAGCCCAAAGUUUUACAGAUCUAAAAAAAUUAUUUAUUUAUUUAUUUGAAAGGCAGAGUUAGGGAGAGAAGACUCUUUUUUUUUUUCUUUUUAAGGUGUAUUUUAUUUUAUUUGAAAGAGAGGUAGGUUGGUCUUCUGUCAGCUGGUUCACUCCCCAAAUGGCUGCAACAGCCGGAGCUGAGCCAAUCUGAAGCCGGUAUCCAGGAGCUUCUUCUGGGUCUCUCUCCUACAUGAGUUGCAGGGGCCCAAAGACUUGGGCCACCUUCCGCUGCUUUCCCAGGCACAUUAGCAGGGAGCUGGAUCGGAAGUGGAGCAGCUGGAACUCUUAACGGGCACCCAUAUAUGAUGCCGGUGCUGCAGGCUGGGACAUUAACCCACUGCGCCACACUGCUGGGCCCGAGAAGGCUCUUUAAAAGUCUGAUUUUAUAACUGAAAAAAUGAGUUCUUCCUUUUCUUUGGAGUGGAGGUGGAUUGCUUUUUUAUUUCCCUGAAAUUCAGUUAAGAUUUCUAGUUUUUUAACUUUUAUGUUAAAAAAUUAGUAAGUUAGCUUUAAAAUAUAUAGUUUUGACAAAAUGUUUACUUUGUGUCUCUGAUUUGUGUUACAGAAAUAUUAUUUGUGCUAAGUUUGUAUUUUGAGUGUGCCUCUGAAUGUGAUUAAUGUGAGUAUGUAUAGAGAUAGCAUUCAUCUGCAAAGAAUUUAUACAUUUGCAGCAAUUUUUUGGUGAAAGAGUACAUAAGAAGUACUUUCACAACUGAGCUAUUAUCCAGAUAUUUUAAGGUGAUCACUUUUGUCUUCAAGCCUUAACAGUUUUCAGUGUGAUUGUCAGUAAUGUUUUUUACUUUAUGUAUUUGGUACAUUUUAAUAAUGCUUUUUGUAUUUGACAUUAAAAGUACAUGGAGAAAUCAUCUACCAAAGUCAUCCAAACCUGCCCAUUAGGUGAUGUGCAUGAAUGAGCUGUAAUUUAGGGUCACUUUGUAAACCUAAAACAUUUUCAUUCCACUCUUGAGUAUUCCCAAGAGUCAACACCCUUCAGCCAAGACCACUAGGAAUACACCUGUAGUUGGACAAGUUGCUUUUGUUACUCAUUGUAGCAAAGAACACAGACCAUAAGGAACCACAGGGUGUCUCAGUAAGAAAGAGUAAUGAAGAAUCUAUUAUGGGGUUUUGGCUUUGAUUAGUUUUUUGGGAGAAUAUAAGGAAGUGGGCACUUGAUAUUAAUUGGAUGCUGUCAGAAAGCAGAGGCAGUUCUGUGAUUGGGCAUCAGUGAAUCUUACAGGCAGGGCAGAUGAGAGUGAGAAUGCAGCCAGCAGUAAUUGGCAGUGCACUAAGCUGUCACAUUUGACAAGAAGUUGAGUUUGUGUUUUGUGAAUCAUAUGGUGACCUUUUUUGUUUGUCUUUAUCAUAGUCUCAUAGUGACUACUUUUGAAAACAAAGUGAUUAAGCUGAAAAUGUCACAUUUUGUGAUUACGUUGAGGCUUGUAUAUGAACAUCAGAUUAGUUCUUUGAUGUCAGGUUGCUUUUUUCCUUUCUCAAAUGUAUUUCAAUCUAAGCUGGACUCUCACUGUGAAGGAGGUCAGGAUUUAGCAGGACUGCCAUCAGGGAUGUAUAGGUUGGAAUAGGCUGCAGCAUGCCACCAGUUACAAAACAGAACAGCAAUUGAGAAGUAGUUGGUGGCAUAUUAACUAGCAUGUGUCCUUUUUGAACUGGAUGUAAGUAGUGGGUGUAAUAGAAGCACGCUCUUUUUAUGAAGUAAGAUGACUACUUUUUCCAGCUUUACUCUCGGAUUUAUUCCACUAGGUUUAGUGUGUAGGGAUUGCUUUUUAGCUCUUCAGGAGAUGUUCCUUUAAAGCUUGAAAGAGUCAGCUGUCCAACUGGUCAUUUUCUAUAUGGUGUAUGUGACUACAAAAGAUUUUCCAAAGCUUUGAAGCUUUGAAGACUUUUUAAAUUUAUGUAUUUACUUGAAAGAGUUACACAGAGAGAGAAGGAGAGGCAGAGGCAGAGAGAGAGAGGUCGGUCCUCUAUCUGCUGGUUCACUCUCCAGAUGGCUGCAGUGGCCAUAGCUACGCCAAUCUGAAGCCAGGAGCCAGGAGAUUCUUCCAGGUCUCUCACAUGGGUGCAGGAGCCCAAAGAUUUGGGCUAUCUUCUAUUGCUUUCCCAGGCCAUAACAGAGAGCUGUAUGGGAAGUGGAACAGAGAGAGAGAGAGAGAGAGAGAGAGAUCUUCCAUCCACUGGUUCGCUCCCCAAAUGUCUGGCAAUAGCCAGGAUUGGGCCAGGCCGAAGCCAGAAGCCAGGAGCUUCUUCCUGGUCUCCCACAUGUGUGCAGGGGCCCAAGGGCUGGGAGUAGAUUAGCCAGGACUUGAACCAGUGCCUAUGUGGAAUGCUGGCAGUGCAGACAGUGUGGCCCCAGUCCUCAUCUUCACACACAGUGUAAGUGACCACUGGAGAUGGUCAGUUCUGAAACAGCACUUUUAAUGGUAUCUUUCACAUAACAUUUUUUUAAAGGAUGUAUUUUAUUUAUUUGAAAGAGUUACAGAGAGAGGUGGAGACAGAGAGAAAGGCCUUCCACCCACUGGUUUACUCCCCAGAUGGCUGCAACGGCUGGAGCUAUGCUGGCCAGGAGCCAGGAGCUUCUUCCAGGUCUCCAACGUGGGCACAGGAGCCCAAGGACUUGGGCCAUAACCCACUGUGCCACAGCCCCAGCCCUCACAUAACAUUCUAAAAUAAGCACUGCAUUAUAAUAUAGAGAAGAUAUUCCUGUGAGUUAUGACUAAUUUUUACAGGGUUUAUGAUCUUAAAAAUGAUAAUAACUUUUUAAAAAAAGAUUUAUUUAUUUAUUUGACAUUGUUAAGAGAGGGGAGGCAGAGAGAGAGAGGGAGAGCUUCCAUCCGCUGGUUCCUUCUGUAAUUGGCCGCAAAGGCUGGAGCUGCACCUAUAUGAAGCCAGGAGCUUCUUCCGGGUCUCCCACAUGGGUGCAGGGGCCCAAGGAUUUGGGCCAUCUUCUACUGCUUCCGCAGGCCAUAGCAGAGAGCUGGAUUGGAAGAGGAGCAGCCAGGACUUGAACCGGCACCCAUAUGGGAUGCCAGCACUGCAGCCUGCGGCUUUACCUGCUAGGCCACAGCACCAGCCCCUGUAAUAACUUUUAAAAAUCAACUUCUUAGGCAGUUUUGGAGAAAUCUUUAAAAAUGUGUAGAUCUUCAAACAUAAACUAUGUUUUAAUAAAUUCCAGCAUAUGUUUCUUCCAUUGUAUCUUUACUUUGAAUGAUAAGUUGAGGAUAUUCUUUUUUUAAAAAAAUGAAGAGAAUGAGAAAGAGACAGAUCUUCCAUGUACUGGUUCACUCCUCAGAUGGUUGCAAUGGCCAGGACUGGGUCAGGUGGAAGCCAGGAACUGGGAGCUUCAUCUGGGUCUCCCAUGUGGGUUGCAGGGGCCCAUACAUUUGUGCCAUCUUCUGCUUGUUUUUCCAGGCCAUUCACCAAGUGCUGGAUUGGAAUUGGAGCACCUCGGACAUGAACCAGCACCCAUUUGGGAUGCUGGCAUUGCGUGUGUCAGCUUUACCUGCUUUGACGCAGUGCCAGUCUCGAGGGUAUGCUCUUUAACACUGAAUCCUUUAACUGCUUGGUAUAAUUGAGUAAGUGUUAAAGCUCAAGUUCAAUUUGUAGUUAUGACUUAGUUGUGGGGGCUGGUGCUGUGGCACAGUGGGUUAACGCCUUGGCCUGAAGCGCUGGCAUCCCAUAUGGGCGCCGGUUCGAGACCUGUCCGCUCCACUUCUGAUCUGGCUCUCUGCUAUGGCCUGGGAAAGCAGUAGAAGAUGGCCCAAGUCCUUGGGCCCCUGCACCCACAUUGGAGACCCGGAAGAAGCUCCUGACUCUUGGCUUUGGAUCAGCGCAGCUGUGGCUAUUGCGGCCAACUGGGGAGUGUACCAGCGGGUAGAAAACCUCUUUCUCUUUCUGCCUCUCUCUCUCUCUCUGCCUCUCUCUCUCUCUCUGCCUCUCCUCUCUGUGUAACUCUGACUUUCAAAUAGAUAAAUAAAUCUUAAAAAAAAAAAAAAAGGACUUAGCUAUGGAUGCUUUAAUAAGUGUAGAGCGCGUUUGAGUAGUGUCACAUGAUUAGAGAAUCCAGCGUAUCUAGCUUCAUUAGACAAGAUACUUUAUAGGCAGAACCAGCCUCUUCCAGUAGUGCUACUACUACUGCCAUUGCUCUCUAGAAUUUUCCCAUAGAAAUGAUGUCAUCAUGUUUUGUUGUUGAAAUCUUCAUAGCUCAUUUAAUGGUAGCUAUGAACGCUUUGCAAGAACCUGCAUGACUUUUAAGAAAAGAUGUAAAUUACAAAGACUUUUACAUCUUGAUUCUUUCAGUAGAGCAGUAAUGUAGUAAACUGAAAAUAUUGUUGAUUUGCAUCAAACUUAAGGAUGGAAUCUUUUCAGAGUAAGAUUUUUUUUCCUUGGAGACUAUUGCACAUGAAUAUUUUUGAGGUUUUAAACAUUCUAUAAUGAUCUAUCAUUUAGAUUUACUUAGUAUGUAAUUUUUCAGGGAAAAAGUAAUAUUUCAGGAUUACCACAAAUUUCAGAAUUGAAGGGAAAUACACAACCAUUUUUGUCUGUGUCCAAGCUACAUAUAGAUGCCAGAGUGCCUCUUUACAUUAUUUAGGCUCAUAACAUUUGUGAUCCAUUGUCUUAAUGAUAGUGUCUAGAUAAUAAGGCUUUGUAUUUUGAAACUACAGCUCUUGGAGUAGAAACCCACCUUUGUGAUUCCUACCAAAUUCUCUGCUCCUGUCACUGCUAUAAUCAUUGUGUUUACGUUUAUGUUGUCAGAGGGACUGUUGUAGAAUAGUACCACUUUACUAUGUCUUUAAUGGUGAAUCCAAGUAUAUUAAUAAUCUUAUUUUUCCUAUAAAAAGGGAGACAAACUAUUUGUGUAGUCAUCUUUAAAAUUGAAUGGCAGAAGAAUAGAAUAUAUCACUGUUGUCAAUGGUUAAAUGGCAAGAAAGAAGAAAUUAUUAAUAUUGUUGAACCUCUUCUCUGCCAGCUUCAAAAUCCAGGGUACAAUCCUAGUUCCUGUUUGCCAGAAUCUUUGUUUUUCUUCUUGGGUACUCAGCAAAAAGUUAGCAGGUCUGCUGAUUCCCGACUUCGUCACUGGGCAAGUCUGUCUUUCCAACCUGCAAGUCCUUGUGUGUAAUGUGGGUCUCCUGAUACCUACCUCACAGGGCUGUUGUGAGGGCUGCAGACAUAUGUGGAACCUGUCGCUCCCAACAGUCCAGGAGGAAACACGUGUUCAUUGCUUAAAUUACAGAUGUCAAGGAAAGAUGCUAAAAGACAUGAUGAGAGUAAAGAAAGUAAUGUAGUUUAGUUAAUUUGAGAAGAUGUUGGAAUUGAUUAGGAAAGGUAUUAAAGAGCUCAUUUAAGGAAGGAGAUAUUGGGUCAAGAGGUGGAAUGCGGUGUGAUUAUCAGUAGGCAUUUUAGGUUUAGAAGUGUUACUGAUAAAAUCAAUUGUAUUGUAAGCCACAUUUAAAUAAAUAACAUUAUACAGAAAUGAA